GUCACAUUCUUAUUGCUAGGCUGCUUAGCAAUCAGCCAAGGCGGAGAUGAUGGGUCUCUCCCCUAAUACUUACAUUUUAUAUUAAAUCUCAGAUUACCACGAUGGAUAUCAAGUUAUUCUUGAUAUUUGUGGUAAUACUGAGCGCCAUGCACCAAGGUCCUGCUUCUUACCGGGACCUUACGUGUGUUGAGCCAGAACCAGGAUAUACCCAAAGAAUGCUUUCCUUCCUUACCGCAAGAGAAUUUGAGAGAAUCUGCCCAGCGCGAGCCGUUCUGAUAUGGCGAAUUGGGAGCGAGGUAUUCUGUAACCUCCUGUGCGUCCUUAUAACCUUACUGCUGGGUUAUGCGCCGUCGAUCAGAAACAGCGCCAGAGAGAGAUGGAGUUUCAUGGUUUCCAUGAUCAAGGGAAUGGAGAGCCCGUCCUUCCAGAUGUCGCCUUUGUGGGACGGUUCCCCUGUCAGGCGAAAAGAAGAUUGUUAUGGAUGCCGUCUAGAUCCCGUAAGAGGAACAAGGCCAACCUCUCUGAGCGGUCAAAGGUCAUGAUGUUGUUUAGCUAUGGCCUCGAGUUGUCCGUGCAGUUGACAAAAGAACUGCCCCAGGAUGGCCUUUACUGGAAAAGAAAAUUCUGCAAUCCAUUUGAGGAGAAAGACAUGGCUCUAUUCCCACUGUGUAUUCAGCGGCAAAUCAACAUCUGGUUCCCUCUCCCUCGCUAGUUUCCUUGUUUACUGAAGAAUCCCGAUGAUGGAAUAGAAGUUGGGGAGUGACGUCAUCGAUUUUUGUGCUACCUGCGUAAUGGUGUAUUACAUGUACCUUGGAUUUUGCAAUGCUCGGUUCUGAUAGAAUUGACCUUAGCCCGCGAUAUUGUUUUCAUAUGUGUUAUAUCGGUCAGUCCUUGACCGUUGAUGGUUUAAUGAAAAAAUACUUGUUGUAUUGACCAUUAAAUAUGUGUUGUCGUUGAC